AUGGAUGACAACGACAACAACAAAAAUACAACAACAAUUACAGAUGAAUUAAAUUCUCUUCGUUCAAUUUUACGUUCAGAUGAUCAUCUUCAAAUUCAACCAUCAGGAGAUUAUGAACAAGUUCGAGUCAAACUCGAUUAUGAUAUACAAAUAAGUUUUCUCUUUGAUUCACUUAAUACUUUAAAUAAAUCAUUAACUAUUAAUAAUGUACAUGACUUAAGAAUCAUAAAAUCAUCAAAUAAAUGUCCAUUAAAUAAUGAUCGAUGGACAAAUAUUCGUAAAUAUUUUGAUCAACUUAUUCAAAAAUCGGCUGAAUCAAUUUCACUUGAAUCUAUUAUUCAAUUAAUUCAAGAUCAUUUAUUAAAAAAUACAACAAUAAAUCAAAAAUCAAAAUAUAAAACGAAAAAAUCAACAGAAAUUACAUCAACAGAAGAUAUAUCAACAAUAUCACAUAGAUUUCGUGGUGCUGAUUUAAUAUUUAAUCGAAUAUUACAUGAUAAAACAAUUGAUCGAUCACAAGUUAUAAUUGGUUAUGAAGAUCGUUUUACAGGCAUACAUGAAAUUCCAUUUAAUGAAUUUAAAAAAGUUCAUGAACAUGAGUAUGGAGUUCCAAUGCAUCGCAUUCGACAUUUUAAAAUCAAUGGGCAAAUUGUAUGGGAUAGAACACAAAAAUUAGAUAUAUUAACGGGUAGUGAUCAAGGGAAUGCAACAUCCGAUGGUAUGAAAGAAAACCUUUAUUUUUGA